GUCCGCUUCUGGUCCGGACCAAACAAGCGGACUAAAAGACUUUUCUGGUUUGGUUAGAUACACCCUUAGACUCUUUAAAAUUAUUCGGAAUGAACCCGUCUUUAAAAUGAAGAAUGAUCAUCAAGUUUGUAUGUAAUGUCUCCGGUUCACCUGCAAGAAUGCCGCGAGCGAGAAAAGGGUUAAAUACCUGAAGUGGGCGAGGCUUCAUUUCUCAACCAACUCCCGACCUUCGGAACCAACAGGGAACAAACGACUGAAACCAGAAUGAACACGGAUUUCACUCAAGACUCUGUUUUACAUUUUCUCCAGAGCAGAGGAGGCUCGGUGAAAAAUUCCGACCUACUUCAACACUUUCGAGGCUUCCUCCGGGACCAUGCGGAUCAAGUUCGGAAUCGCGAACUCUUCAAGAAGUUCGUCAACUCCGUGGCUACCGUCAAGCAAGAGCACGGCGUCUCUCAUGUUGUUCUCAGGAAGAAAUUUCGAGGUUCGGGACCAAGCGGUGGUUCUGGGACGCCCGUCCAGAGGACCGCUGAGCCGUCACCCUUGAACCCGGGUUGGAGCAAAGAAAAACUUUUGCAGAAGUCAUUGCCCUUAAAGGAGGUAGCACCCGCUCCGCCAAGAGAAUCUAACUUGAAAAAUGUCCUACCGGUGGCUGGUCUCAUACUGAACAACAACAACAACCGUGUAGAAACAAAUUUGAACCUGACACCGGAAGCAAGGGAGUUUAGUAGAGAUGAAGCCGCUCCAGCGGUGAGCCACGAUCAAAUCUCAGCCAAAACCCAUCCGAGCCCCCAAAGUAGCGCUACGAGACAGCGCCAUCCCCAAGCGGCGGUGAAACGCGGAGCAAUCAGCCAGCAGGUGCCACCUUCUGGAACCCCAAAAAGCAAAGAGGGGGGUCAUCCCCAUCAUGCUCAGCAACGCCGCACCAGACACAGGCAGAGCUACAAAACUGCAGUCUCCUAUGAUGAUGAGGAAGAGGAUGAUGAUGAAGGGCUCAAUGUGACGAUGAGCACAUCUGGAGAAGUUAGACCUCUCAGAGGUCACCUUGAACCCCUUGCCGAGUACAGCUCAAGCCAGCCCAUUGCUUCAUCAUCAACAGAGUGGGUUUUUCCAAAAAUUUCGGUAAAGAACAUAGCUGAGGGGCAAGUGCCCCAUUUGGAAUCAGAGCUGCAGCCUAGAGGACCAAAGGUGGGUCCAAAUGUGGUUCCUGUAUCACCCAUCCGGCUUACUCUGCCCGCCGAACAUUCCAUGCCGUCGCCAGACCGAGCUGAAGAUGAGGAGAGACGCUAUAGGCGUCUCUUGGAGCACGAACAUGAUUGGCGUCAUAAUGAAAGGACGUGGUUGUCGAGCAGCCACGACAGCAUCUUCUCCUACCCGUCUGAUGCUGGCUUCUCCGGCCGCGAGUGGGCCGCCAGAACAUCAGGGUGGAACAGCAGCACUGACAUGUUAUUAGCAGGUGCUUCUGCGGGUGCCUUUCAAACGCAGGAGGUCCUCCAGCAAAUUUCUGAAGCAAAGCAAGCCUCCAAGACGCAUCACACUGAACUCAAGGUCACAGCACCGUGGCAUGACUCGAAGGGCAAUAUCCUAGACAAACGGGCAUUUGUCACCCAUGUGGCAUCAUUCCAUCGCUCCUCUGACUGUCUUGACCAGCAACAGUAUGUGCCCAGAGGCGUUCCAUGGCGUCACUCCUCAGGUGAUCUCUACGACGACCACGAAUCAAGCGACUGCUCCGCUUCGUCACCUGCGCCACGUCCGACACUCGCCGGGCGCAUCAGCAAUAGUCUGAGGGGCCGGAUGUGCCGCAGCAUGGGUGCCGACCUCAACGAGCUACUGCAGGAGGAGGAGGCGGCGGCGGCUGAAGGCAGAGUAGCAGGGAAUGAAGCAGCGAGGAGGAAGCGGCUCCACCGGAUCUCGUCCUCGCUGAGCCUCCACUACAACCUGUCAUCCUCCUCGCUGUCGACUUGUUCCACGCCAUCUCGCUGCAACAGCCUGGCUGACUUGGCCGAGAGGACGGAAGCCAAAGAAAAGGCUGGUGCGCAUCACGAAAGCCCCUGUAGGCAGUCUUUGGUUCCACUAGAGCCCAGAGAACACGCUUGGCUGGUGAAAGGGGCGUCGGGAGCUUGGCCAGACAUCUACUCGCUGUUCCGGGAGGACUGCACUCUUCUCAACAGACGAGACUUCAUCUCUGGUUUCACCAUACUGCACUGGAUCGCCAAACACGGCGACCAUCGAGUUCUCAACACACUCUGGUAUGGUGUCCAAAAGGCCGGUUUGGCGUUUGACAUUAAUGCCAGGUCAUCAUGUGGCCAAACGCCACUUCACAUUGCAGCCAUCCAGGGCAACAAGAACAUGAUUCGCCUACUGGUCAACAAAUUUGACGCCGACGUGAAGCUGAGGGACACGGCCGGGAAGAGGCCCUGGCAGUACCUGAACCGGAGCGUGCCCUACGACGUCUUCCAAUUGCUGGGAGGAGCGCCCACCCGUAAAGUCGAGAGAGGAGGGGCAAGUUCCCUCGCGGCGGAAGGUCGAGGUAAACAGAAGCCGCAUCAGCGCAGACGCCAUCGACACCUGUCCUUCGCCUCCCAGGGCGAGAGGCCCAGAACCAUCUUGGGCACCAAGGUCAAACGGUCAUCAUCAAUCGCAGCAUUCUUAAAACAUAAAUCACUGGCUCGCUUUCAUGGAUACAAAUCUGACGGCUGAGGCGCACAUCACUUUUUGUUUUGUUUUGUUUUGUUUUGUUUUGUUUUGUUUUGUUUUGUUUUGUUUUGUUUUGCUUUGUUUUUGUUUUGCUUUGUUUUUGUUCUGUUCUGUUCUUAAACUGCUUGACUGAACCAUAAAUCUGCAUUUGUGUUGUUUUCACAAAUCUCUUACAAAAAUGGAAAGCUGUUGGAGCUUUUGUUAAGUUUUCUUGACAACUGUCUUUAGGUCUAAUACUAAUAUGCCCUUUGUUCACACUAGUAAGGCAAUUCGGUGCACUGGGAGAAUGACUGAAUCUUGCUAAUAAUGUUUUACCCGCAACUAUUUGGCAUUGUUGCAUACUAUUUGGACGACGACAGUUUACCGAUGAAGACAAACUAAUGGUGGAGAUUUCAAUGCCACAGUCAAGGUUAAGAGGCCACUAGUGCAUGGCACUUGCUGACUAGUAAAUGUUACUAGCAAAGAUUAAUUACACACUAUUAGGCCAAAUAUGCCACUGGGAGUGGAUGAAACAUUCGUAGGAAGACAGACAUUCUGCAAAUGCACUGAAUUGACUUGGAUCAACUCUACUGAACAGUUUUUCUAUUCUAGUCUUUGACUGGACAGAGUUCACUGCAUAUUAAAUGUGUUUCUCAACUGGAGCGGUUUCUUUCAAUCUUCUAUAAAAAUGCCCAAGUUAUUGCUGCAUUUCUCAACCCGUAAAUCCAAGGUAAUGUUGGACGUGUUGGCAUGGAGAAAGUGAAGGCUACCAAAAAUGUCAGCAAGGAGUGCUUGUAGCAAAUGGUCAUUUACUUCAGUGUAAUUAUGUUCGGAGGACGUCAAUAAACAUACAUUGGCAUCACAGUCUCGAAA